AUGCCUUCCAACAAUCCCAAGACUUCCAAGGAGCCUAAAAAUUUCAAAGUCAAAGACAAGAAAAUUUCAAAAGCAUCCAAGGAGUCUACCAGCUUUGACGCCUUGAUGGAUCACGGCAAAGACCACGCGUGGUUCCUUAUCAAUCUCGUUAUGAAUACCGAAGCGGGUCGUCUUGACAAGAUUAACUGGGACGCCUUCACUGAGAGCAUGGGUAUCUCCACCAAGGGAGCCGCCCAAAAGCGCUUUGAACGCCUGAUGACUUCUUACGGCAUGACCACUGCCUUCACCCCCAAGCCGAGCGCCCAGCCUCACAAUCCUCCCACUUCCGGAAGCUCCUCCCUGAGCCCGGUCACUCCCAAGAAGCGCUGCGGAACUAAGCGGAAGAUUCAGGAUACCGAGGACAUUGGAGAGGCUGAGACUGAUAAAUACGAGGAAUAG